UCCUUGAUGUUCCACGAGAGGGAAAAGCGGUAAAUGAACUGUACCUACUGUCUCUGGAGAAUGGACUACACUUCUGGCGCGAGAUGGGGACGGGAUACUGGAAGCAGUCGUUGGAUUUGUAGCGACGAAGCCAAAGUUCUGAUGAUCGUGGGAUCCGAUGUUUGAUGCAGAGAGCUAUUGUGCUUUGUCGCAAAAGGUGUCACUCUCUGGUGAACUUACUGUGAGCCUACGCCACCACUACACCAUUUGACGUCGACAAAGCCUUUGUUGUGAGCAGGGCAUGGUUGUCGUACACGUUGCUCUGAUGUCUUUGGUAGUUUCCGUCGCUGACAACACUUCUGCGGCAGGAGGGUUUCGGUCUUCAGGUCUGAUGAAGGAGCGGUACAGCAGCUGUCAAUGCCGAAUUGCCGAUCGUUGGCCAUCACGUAUCACAACAAAUGUUGCGGAGAUCCCAGCCAUGCAUCAUGGACUGUCUUGCUUGAGCAGGAGCUCUCAUUCCAUGUGUGACUUGAUGAUUGAAGAAAUGGUAUGAAGAAAUGGUAUGAUGUGGAUGUAAGGUAACUGUCACAGAGUGAGCCGGAACUGUGGUAGCGCCGCGGUCCUGCUGAGUGCUAUGCGGUAGUAUCCCUCUGAUCUAUUCG